CGUGAAUCUAUGGUAAGGCCCGAUAUCUUCCAGAAUCAAACGCAGACCUUUUAUCGCGAAAGCACGUCAACCGAAAAACCACCGAAGAAGCUCGGGCGGAAGCAGCGUGCUAGACGACUCCGGAAACAGAAACAGGGAAAUGAGGGGGUUGCUCUGAGGCACUUCAACAACCCUUCACAGCCACCCAACACCAUGAAAAAUGAAGAGUUCAAUUUUACAGAACGGGCGAGAGCAAUCAAUCCCCGCCCAGAUAGCAGCCGCCCUCCUAGCAAGAGCUACAAGGCUUCCCGUGGCGAUCGAGCGGCAGACUCCCGGCCAUGCCCGCCCCAAUUCCCAAACGGCAAGGGUACAGCCAGAACGGGCGCAUCCUCUUCCGGCCCACCUCACACGUAUGACAACCCGGACGGGCAAACAGGUCACAGCCUGGUACCGGGACAUUACCCUGGUGAAGACUACUAUUAUAGUCCACCAAUCUACAAUGGCUGCAAGUUUCCAACACCAUACUCCACGGCUGAAUCGGGAGCACUCCAGGUACCGCGCUUGACGUCCUCUUACGACUCGCAGUAUGGGAUGAGGAAUUCUUUCGGUACCCACGGCACUGAAAUGGUCGGCGUCGUUCCAAGCACGGGACCACAGCUCUUGCCCAUGCCUGCCAUGUUAGCACCAAGCAUCGCCUCGCCGUGGAUGAUUUGCCAAUUCUGUCUCUCCCGACCAGUUGUGUUUGCGACGUACCCGGAUCAGCAGCGAAACUUGUCGCCGAAUUAAGAGGUUUACUAGUUGCUGUCAACCCUGUAUUAUCGAUAAAGUUAGGAAAGAAGGCUGAAAAGCCCAAUGGUUUGAUAUGGUAUGGUCGAGGCGGCUGCUUUAUCGAAUUCUCAACUGUUAUGAAUGCUUUAUUGAGGGCUGAAUCUGAUUUCAACGCCUUGUUCCGGGUAUUUUACACGGGGGUAGGUAUUGGGAGGAUAGUCAAAUGUGUCAGUGUGGAGUGAUUGUGUGUUGUUCGCGUUUCUUGGUCAUUUACGAUUACUGGAUACAUGGACACCGAAUCAAUGUCUACUAAGAAAACAUGAGAUAAACGUA